AUGGAUGCAGUCUUGCAGAAGUUUCAACAUCUUAAAAUCCAACUGGAAGAUAUAAAAGAAGCCACCAACGACUUCAACGAUAAAAAGAACCGUAUUGGACGUGGUGGUUUUGGGAAUGUUUAUAAAGGAGAAUUGUCUCACUAUAUGGGGCGAAGCAUGGUCGCCAUUAAGCGUCUAAAUCUGGAUUCUAGGAAUCUACAAGGAACACCUGAGUUCUUGAAAGAGAUCAUGACGCUUACCCGGUACAAGCAUGAAAAUCUUAUAUCUCUUCUGGGAUUUUGUUGCGAAGGGGGUGAAAUGAUCCUAGUGUACGAGCAUGCAUCUCGUGGAAGCCUUGACCGCUAUUUAAAUUCCCCUCUUCUCACAUGGUCAGAACGUAUCAAGAUAUGCCUUGAUGCCGCGAAGGGACUAAGGUACCUUCAUGAUCCAAGGGAGACACACCAAAGACUUAUCCAUUGUGAUGUAAAAAGCGCCAACAUCCUACUCGAUGAUCAAUGGAAUGGUAAAGUUUCUGACUUUGGAUUAUCAAUAAUGGGCUCAGCUAAUGAGCAGCAAUCGGUUAUUGUCACCGUUGCAGCGGGUACCCUUGGGUACAUUGAUCCCCAGUAUCGGAUGACACACACCCUAACGAAAGAGUCAGACGUGUACUCUUUCGGUGUGGUCUUAUUCGAAGUUUUAUGUGGGACAAUUUGCUGUACAUAUAGCAAUGGUCGGUUUCAACAAGAUUUUCUGUCCAUGUGGAUUAAAAGCUAUAAAGAGAAUAAACUAAAUGAUAUCAUCUUUAAAAGUCAGACCAUUGAACCACUGGAUCAGAGUGCUUUAGAAACAUUUUCAGGCAUUGCGUAUCGAUGUUUAAAGGAAUCACGUGAAGAUCGGCCAACGAUGGCUAGGGUUGUGACAGAACUUGAGACUGCACUUAGAUAUCAGAAGGUAUUCUUGUUGCAAUUUGAAUAUCUUAAAAUCCCGUUGGAAGAGAUAACAUUAGCCACUAACUACUUCAACAUUGAGAAGAACUAUAUUGGAGAUCAUGCUUUUGGGAAGGUUUAUAGGGGAGAAGUGUCUCACUCUAAGGGACGAAGCAUGACUGCUAUUAAGCGUCUGGAUCCGAAGCAUGGGCAAGGAGUCGCUAAUUUCUUGAAAGAGGUAAAGUUACUUUCCAAGUACAAGCAUGAAAAUCUUAUCUCUCUUCUGGGAUUUUGUUGCGAAGGGAGUGAGAUGAUCCUAGUGUACGAGCAUGUAUCUCGUGGAAGCCUAGACCGCUAUUUGGACUCCCCUCUUCUCACGUGGACACAACGUCUGAAGUUAUGUCUCGAUGCCGCGAAGGGGCUAAGCUACCUGCAUGAUCCAAGGGAGACACAUCAGAGACAUAUCCAUUGUGAUGUUAAAAGUGCCAACAUUCUUCUUGAUGAGCAAUGGAAUGCUAAAGUUUCUGAUUUUGGGCUAUCAAUAAUGGGUUCAGCUAAUGAGCAUAAAUCGGUUAUUGUCACUCCAGCAGCAGGUACUGAUGGGUACAUUGAUCCCCAGUAUGCGAUGACACACACCCUAACGAAAGAGUCAGAUGUAUACUCUUUUGGUGUGGUCUUAUUCGAAGUUUUAUGCGGGACACUUUGCUGUACGUAUAGCAACGGUCGUGUUCAGCAGAAUUUUCUGUCCACGUGGAUUGAAAGAUAUAAAGAGAAGAAAUUAUACGAUAUCAUCUUUAAAAAUCCGACCGUUGAACCACUGGAUCAGAGUGCUUUAGAAACGUUUUCAGACAUUGCGUAUCAAUGUUUACAGGAAUUUCGUGUAGAUCGGCCAAGGAUGGCUAGGGUUGUAACAGAACUUGAGACUGCACUUAGAUAUCAAAAGGUAUUCUGGCAGCAAUUUCAAGAUCUUAAAAUCCCGCUGGAGGAGAUAACAUUGGCUACCAACCACUUCAACCUUGAGAAGAACUAUAUUGGAGGUGGUUCUUUUUGGAAGGUUUAUAUAGGAGAAGUGUCUCACUCUAAGGGCCGGAGCAUGACUGCUAUUAAGCGCCUGGAUCCGAAGCAUUCCCAAAGAAUACCUGAGAUCUUGAAAGAAACCGCGAUGCUUUCACGUUACACGCAUAAAAAUCUUAUAUCUCUUCUGGGAUUUUGUCAUCAAGGGGAUGAGAUGAUCCUUGUUUACGAGCAUGUGUCUCGUGGAAGCCUUGACCGCCAUUUAAACACCCCUCAUCUCACGUGGUCCCAACGUCUCCAGAUAUGCCUGGAUGUUGCAAAGGGGUUAAGGUACCUUCAUGAUCCAAGGGAGAGACACCAAACACAUAUCCACUGUGAUGUUAAAAGCGCCAACAUCCUACUUGAUGAGCAAUGGAAUGGUAAAGUUUCGGACGUUGGAUUAUCAAUAAUUGGCCCCGCUAAUGAGCAGAACUCGGUUUUUGCCACAGUCGCAGCAAGUACCCCUGGGUACUGUGAUCCGCAGUAUGCGGUGACACACACCCUAACAAAAGAGUCGGACGUAUUCUCUUUCGGCGUUGUCUUAUUCGAAGUUUUAUGCGGGAGAUUAUGCUAUACCCUUGACAGCGAGGGUCAUGUUAAGGAGAUCUUGGUGCCUAUGUGGAUUAAGAGCUAUGAAGAAAACAGGUUAAAUGAUAUAAUUUUUAAAAAUUCGAACAACAAACCAAUGCAUCAGAGGGUUUUAAACAGAUUUUCAGGGAUUGCGUAUCAGUGUUUGAUACAAUCUCGUGAAGAUCGGCCAGAGAUGGCUUACGUUGUGACGGAGCUUGAAAUAGCACUCAAUAUUCUAGAAUUACUCCAAAAUGAAGAGUUUAUAGGUAAAUGGAAUGAACAACUUCAUGAGUACCAACAGAUGAUUAAGACUGCAGAACCUCCUCUGAACUACAAAUCCGAAGAUGAAUUGAUGAUCCUUAUGUCCAAAGGGGUCCUCUUUAACGGAGGCAAAACGGUACGUAAUUAG